ACUCGACUCGUUUAGUUCGCCGUUUCGUUGAAGAGCGUCGAGCGCGCGUGCGGCAUUUCCAGCGCGGUUUUCCAACCGCAACACACCAACUUCUGCGACCUGUGUACUACUAUUAAUAUUUUUAUUGCAUUUUUUUUUUUUAUUGUUUUUUCUUUCUACCUGCAAACGUUUUGCUGGGCCUGAACUGGUGUGCUACGUUGCUGAGUAGUGCAUCUGCCUUUUGCUGGCGAGUGCUACAAGUGUCGCACGUAAUCGUGCUGGCAGUUACGCCUCAGAAAGCAGCCGAAAAAAAAAAACGCAGAUACAAGAUACAAAAGUAUCUCGAACACAUGCGUUACGCUCAGCUGACUCGUCGUGUGUGUGAGUGUAUCGAAGUGCCGGUGUGUGUGUGUGUGCGCGCUUAGCUUAGCUAACAAAUUGGUUAGAUAAAUUAAGCAAAAACUGUGAAAUUCGCAAAUCAAAAAAAAAAAAAACAAAAAAAAGUUACACAAACGAAAUAUACACGAAGGAAAAGCGAGCUGAAACUGAAAGUAAACAGUUACCAGUAGUAAAUGCUUUGAACUUAAAUUAUACAAUUUAAAUAGAAAGAACAUAAACGCAUCAUAAUACCCUCCCCGCAUCCUCCCCCCGCGGCUGGCCGAAAUAUGUCACAAUUCCGCGAUAAUUCAUGGCUCGCCAAUGCGCGAUCUUACGGCGUUUUGAAGAGUUUAAGGAGCUCGGCACGUUAUGCCAAGGCCAAAUCCAAGUCGGCCAUUAAUCUCAAUGCCCAUCUGAAGAAGCAGCAGAAGCUGGAGGAAGGUCAUCCCGAGAAGAAGAGGCAGGAUAAGAAAAUACUCAGACAGAGUGUCAGUGAGGAUCAGCCGAUCUAUGCGAACGUGGACGAGGUUAUACCGAUCCAUUUAGAACCGGAAACCGGAUCCGAAGUCGAUGCUCUAAUGGGUAAUGCACAGCCGUCAAAGAUGAACCACCUGCGGGUGCACAAAUUCAAGCUGGGCGGCAAAGAUAAUGCCGCCAUGGCCGAUUUGCCCCAAUCGGAAAACACUACCAAUAAUAACAAUGAUGUCGGAAGCAAUACUAAUCAAAAAGGCGGAGCGAAAGGAUUUCUGGGCAGGAUCAAGCGCUACUCGGUGCUGGGAAAUAAACUGGGACGUCGCAAUCUCGGCAGUAUGAAUCUGACUCCGCCGAAUAAUAUCGUGGAUAAUUCCGUUUCGCCCACCAAACUCCAUACUGGAAGCUACAAUAUGACCGGUAGCCAUUCCGAUGAUCAUCGCCUGGAAAUCGGAGCUCCGAUUUUAAUAUCGACUACAACAUUGGACACCGAUCGUUUCGAUGUCACGGAGGCGAGACUCAAACAGAUUGGCGGUGGUAUAGCCCAGACCUCCAGUAUAGUGAGAACCCUGACGCCCAGGAGUUCGGAUGAGGAGGAGUUUGUGGACGCCAGGAGCAGUCCGCAGCAAAUGGAAAGGGAUGAGGAUCUGCAAAUCGCUGAUGAUCAGGGCGAGAAGAACGAUCGCGAUCAGAAUGGGCUUCAAUGUCAGUUUCCUAAGGAGCCACAUCGUGAAGAGGAGCUGGGGGACUUAAAAUAUCUAGACGAUCUGGAGAAGCCAGAACAAUUUGAGACGCCCACACACGAGGUGGAGGAAAAGUUGCUGGCUGCCCAACAGGAAGUGAAGCGCCCCAUAGCGCCCAUACCCAUUGCCAUAGAUCCCCCAAUCAGACGACCACGUAUUGCCCGCCAGCCAAGGCAAUCGCAAUCCGUUCAGAAUCUGCAUCGCAGCGAGCUGAAGGUCUACCUGCACAAGUCCAAUUCGAUGGCGCUGGACAUGAAUGUCACGGCUCCGGCAAAGCUGGGCUUGGACUUGAAUCUGCCCGAGUUGCCGGAACUCUAUGGAGCCAGCGAGCUCAGUUUGGCGGCCAGUGAUAAUAAGGAAAAUCUGCCAGCGGUGAAGCCAUCCGCCGAGCGAUCGCCCAUACCAAAUGGCGGCUUCAUGGCCCAGCAGCCCCAUUUCAAGAGCCUAGACUCGUUCCACCUGAACACCCGCACCCAUUCGCAUCAGAGCUCCCAGCAGAGUUCCCGCCAAAGCUUGGCCUGCAGCAGCAGCAAUGGGGAAUACGACUUUGAUCUGAAGUCGGUGAGCUAUCAGAGCCUGAAUGCCCAGAAUCUGUUCGUUUCGAUUGACGAACUGCAGGAGCUAACGCGGCAGAUCAACGAAACGGAGGACUUUGGCAAGGAGAUCGAUCUGGAGUACUGCGCGCAUCGCGAUCAGCUGAGACCCAGCGAGCGCAGGAUCACCCUGCUGAAGAACAAGAACCAAACGCUGAUCAACUUCAAUCACAACAAGGAGAAGCUGCGUAAGGGCUGGCACGGCAUGAAGCACUGGCUGGGCGAGGAGGGCUCCAAGAUCAAGGAGGCAGUGCGCCAGCAGACGCCCCUCAAGCGUCUGGCCCAAUCACGGAGCAAUCUCAACCAGUCAACUGCGGAUGCCAGUCGCCAGUCAAUGUCGCCGGAACGCACUCAUCGCGAUGUAACCGAGAGCUGCGAGGAUGUCACCGAACGCACCGAAAUGGAGUCGUCCAUGUCGCACCGAAACAGCGAGGAGGAUCUGUCGCCGCAUGCCAAGCGGUUCAAGGAUGAGGGACAGAACGGCUUCGAGGAACUCCGGCGAUAUGUGAAGCAGGGCGGUGAUUUUAGCAAGGAGCUCAUCUUUGUCCUGCAGGAGAGAGCCGAUUCGGAGCUGAUCUACUCCAAGUCGCUAUCGAAGCUGGCCAACAAGCUGAACAAAGCAGGCAGGGAAAUCCCCGGAAGCGUGGCCGACGCCUGGCGUGGAGUGGCUACGGAGAUGGAGAGCCGCAGCGAUAUCCAUCGCCAGUUGGCGGCCUCGCUAACGGAUGAGCUGGUCAAGCCGCUCAAGACCGUCGUCGAGGGGCAUCACAAGGCGCGCAAGGCGGUGGAGAGCAACGUGGACAAGGCGGCGCGAGUACUCGGCGAAUGGCGAGCCAGCGAGGCGAAAGCCAAGAAGGCCUCCCACACAGCGGCACGCGAGAACGAGAAGCUGCAGGACGCAAUGCUGGACGUGCGCAUCCAGAAGUCGCCAUCGAUUGCCCUGCUCCACCAGGGACCCAAUAAGCAGGCCGCAGAAAAGGAGCUAAAGUCGGCGGAGAAGGAUUGCGUCAAGUUGGACAACAAGCGCAAGAAGGCCGAGGAGGCGGUGAAGCGUGCGGAUGUGGAAUACUACACCCUGUGUGUGCGUUCGGAGCGAGCCCGCGUGGACUGGGAGAUGGCCGUGCUCCGGGGAAGUGCCCAACUGCAGAGCAGCGAACAGCAGAGACUGGGCAAUAUGCACAACUUUGCCCAGCAGUAUGCACGCCUCAUCUCGGACAUGAAUCCGAUCCUUGGCGGCCUGAGCACUCGCCUGCAGCCGCAGCUCGAUGCUUGCAAUGUGGCCAAGGACAUGCAAGUGGUGCGCCACAUCCGCCGCAAUUCGGAGGGACCCAGUGAGCAACUCCUUCCGGACUUUUACUGCGAACACACAACGCUGGCCAUGAAUCGGGAGCGUCGCAAGCACGCUCUGAUCAAGCUGCUGCAGUUGGUCAAGACCGAUCUGGAGCGGGAGCGACGAUCCCGCGACGGAUUGAGGGGACUGUCGCAAUCGCUCAACCAUCAGGAGCACCAGAACAUCACCGAUAAGCUGUACCACAUCCGUUCCAUGCUGACCUAUUUGGAGGGCGCCCGCCUCAAGCUGCACUCUGCCCUCUUGGAGCUGGACCACAAGCCCAGGGCCACUCACCCACUGUCCCAGCACAUUCAUGUCACCCGUGAUCGCACUGGGUUGCAGCAGAGCAUUCUGAAGGUGCCCAACUGGCUGAAGAACAACGACAAGUCGCAGACGCUGCAAUCGACCAGUAUGCUGGCGCACGACAUCACCGACAUAACCACUAACCACGAGGAUGAGCUCCCCGACGAGAACUGCUCGCACCUGCACAGCAGCAGCCAUAGCAACAAUAAUAGCAACGGCUCCUGCACAGACGUCAGUUCGGUGGUGAAGCCGUUCAACCGAAGCAAGAGCAACAUCGAGACCAAUUUCACCAGCCAACCAAAGAUAAUCUCGACGACAAAUGCCGCGGUUGCCGCGUCCGUUAAGUCCAAAACCCUGGCCAAUCUGCAGGAUGGCCAUCACAUUAGCCACCAGCACCAUAAUCAUCAUCAUAGCGAUCGCGGCCAGGCGGAUGGUGGAUCCAAUCAGCAGGACUCUGAUUUCGAUGAGUUCAGCUCGCAGGACGAGGACGACGAGCCGCAGCAGCCGCCGCAACUGCCGCAACCGCCGCAGCAGCAGCAACAGCAGCCGUUGCUGCAAAACCCAACCAUCAAUGGCCAAGUGCAGACGCAGCAUUUCUAUCAGAAUGCGCAGGAACUGGAGAAGGGCCAGAAGAACGGAUCCGGUCCGAGACUGGGCCGCUGCAAGGCACUUUAUAGCUACACCCCGAAGCUCUACGACGAGCUGGAACUGAGUCCCGGCGACAUCAUCGAGGUGCAUGCCAAGCAGGACGACGGCUGGUGGCUGGGCGCCCUGCGCAACCACAUCGGCAUCUUUCCGGCCACCUAUGUGGAGGAGUGUGCCUAGUUCUAGUUGGGGAUCGCCCUUCCAGCUUCCCUCCAUAGCUAUAAAAGAAAAAGUGCGAAUGAGUGUGUGCGACUGCCAGAGGAGUGUGUGUUUGCCUUGUGGAGCGAUUUGUUUGACAUGAAACCAGUGAAUGAGGAUUACUUUAAUCCCAAGGCGAUUCAGGGAUAGUUGCAGCAUCAAAUGCUAUAUUAAUUUCACUCUAACUUCAAUUCUAUUUGAACGCUAAAAUGGUUCUUUAUUGACAAAUGGAAAGCAUUUAAACUCAACUAAAAAAUUAAGAAUAGUUACACUUUAAAGAAGUUUAAUUCUUUUUGUUUUCCCUGUAAGCGGAAAAAUUUACUGCAUAUGUGUUGUGAAAAAAAAUUAUUUACCUAAACGAAACUUAAGAAAAUAUCUUUAAAAAAAAGAUGUAAACAAGCGAAGAAACAACAAAUAUUUACGUUUUCGUGCAUUUAGCACUAAUUUUUCACUUUAAAAGAAAACAUUAAGAAUUAAUCACUUAACUUCAUUGAAAACGAACAAAAUCGAGAAAGCAAAAACUUCAUUUUUGUUAGAACAAUCUUUUUGUAAAAAUGAAAAUAUUUUGUUUCGCUUAUAUAAUGGUCAAUUUUCUUGGUACACAAGUUAAAUCAAACGAAAACAAAAACUUAAUUGAAAACUGAGAGAAGAAUAUAGAAUAUAUUGAAAUUUUUUCAAGGAGUGUAAGUAUUUUUAAUUUUUUUUUUUAACAUUUGACCGAUUAAUCAGUACUUUUUAUAUUUUUCGCCACAAAACCGUUUUUAAUUUGUUAGCCACUCUAUAUUAUUUUGUUUUAUUUAUGCCCUGAUUGUCUGUAUGGGUUUGUUUUAAUCGUUUAGUUUUAUAUCAAACAAAUCGAUCCGCUUUAGUGUUACGAAGUUAGUUACCCUGCUCUUGACUAAAUGCUGAUCCCAAGGACAGGCCUUCGCAUUAAGCAUACUAUGUAAUCUACGAGUAACGAUUGUAUUAAUUUUAUAUAUUUUUUUUAUUAUGUUAACUACCAAUUACAGUUUAUGUUUAGCCUCCAGUUGAGUCAUUUACCAUUUACCGAUCCUGCACAUUAAUUGUAGCGCUGGUCCUCAUCAAUAAAGCAAAAAUAUUGUUAUUUCAUUA